AGUAGCUUGUGGAUUAAUCAAACUACCUUUAGCAGGUCACGUGUUGAAAUGUCUAAACCGUAAGGCGGGUUUUAGUGGCUGACUGUUUUCUUCAGUUCUGGUUCAACGAAGAUGCCGCCAAAGAAAAGGGCCAGAGUGAUGAAAAGAACAGCAAAGUCAGGUGACAGUAGUGAAACAGCGCCAUCUAAAAGUAAGAGAAAAGCUGCACCUACUGUUGAGACUGGAGAAACUGUGGCUGCUCCUCUUCCUCCCUGCCACUGGUUGAUGAAGUCUGAGCCUGAAAGUCGCUUCGAGAAUGGGAUCGAUGUGAAGUUUGGAAUCGAGGAUCUAAAGAAGAUGCCUGAUCAGACCAGCUGCUGGGACGGAGUCCGCAACUAUCAGGCACGUAACUUCAUGAGGCAGAUGAAAGAAGGUCAGCAAGCUUUCUUUUACCACAGUAACUGCAAGGAACCAGGGAUCGCAGGCCUCAUGAAAAUUGUGAAAGAAGCUUAUGUCGACCACACUCAGUUUGACAAAAAAGAUGUUCAUUAUGACGGGACCAGCAAAACAGACAACCCCAAGUGGUCCAUGGUGGACGUUCAGUACUUAAGAAUGUUGAAGCGUUUUCUUCCACUGACUGAGCUGAAAAAGUACCACCUACAACAUCGUUCCAGUGGAGGCCCCCUGAAGAACAUGGCACUUUUCACAAGAGCUCGGCUGUCGGUGCAACCUCUCACUACUGAUGAGUUUGAUUUUAUCCUGAGUCUGGAGGACGAGGAGCCGCUGUGAAAAUCUUGAUGUGAAGACUAAUCUGGUUAAUUUUAUCUUAGAUGUUAGAAAAUAAAGCACAUGUGUGUAACUCGG